UGAACAGCAAAACUGCAAAACAACAACCAACAACCAACAAGAACAGGAACACUGCCAAAACCAGAAAGAAAGACAACAGCAACUUCAAGCAACUAUCCCAACAGAACACCCAAAAAAACCAAACAAAAACCACACUUCACAACGGCCGACUCAAACGAAACCCACCAACCAACCCAAUCGGGAACUGGUUCAACCAUCAACCUCCACCCAACAUUCACCCUCCAGAACCCAAGAGGAUGUCCAGGGACGGUAGAGAUCAAAGUCGGAAACACCACAUUCCUAGUACACAAACAACUCAUGAUCCAUGCCAGCCCAUUCUUCGAAUCCAUCCUCACUGGCGAAUGGGCUGAAACAACCGACCUAAACAACACCUCAUCACCAUCUUCCUCAUCUGCUUCCUCCACUCAAGAGCAAGCAUCCCCGAAUCAACCUCAGCUCGACCAGCUCUACCCAACUAGCACUACCACCACCACCAACGACCAGCUGAGCGACUUCAACUCGACCACCAAUGACGAUCCAUCCAUCCAGCUGGAAGACGAGCCUGCUGCUAUCCUCCCCUCUUCUGCUCACUCCCAGCCUCUCACCCUUCUCAGACCAUCCAUCAUCCCCAACACUUCGAAUGCCAACCGAAUCGAAGCUCGCAUCCUCCUCAAGGAAGAACGUCCGGCCUCAUUCCAGGAUCUCCUGAUGUUUGUCUACCCUCAUCUAGAGUGUGUAUGCACCUGGCACAAUGCCUCCGACCUGAUGACGAUGUCACAAAAGUUUGACAUGCCAUUACUCCAACGACACGUCUUGAAUUUCCUGCUCUCCUCGGUGGCCGGGAAGCCGAUCGAGGCCAUGAAGAUCGCAGAGGAACAUCAGCUAUCCGAACUGUAUCGCGAAAGCUCGCGGUUCUUACUAGAUAAUUGGCAGGGUUGGGACCAUAAAGAGCUCGAACGCUUGAGCUCUCAAACGCUCCUAAAGCUCGAGAAACGACGGACAUGGUUCUUAGAACGCUUACUCAAACUAGGCCUCGUCAAUUCUUCGCGUGAUUAUGUCUGUCCACCCUCCUGUCCCGACCCGCAACAUUGCACGAAAUUGGUCGACGAUAAAUGGAGGAGCGCUUGGGCUGCCUCGUUCAAGUUCGGCCCCCCUCAGCCUAGUAGUGUCUAUAGGGCUUUGAGGUGUCUCGAACCUAGUUUACAUAGUCCAGCAUUGUUGUUACCACAUACGUCAUGCCAACAACAUGCGCUGCGUUUCUUUGCCGAUUUAUUUGACCGAAUGUUUUCGCAAUUCACGCCUCGAGGCCCAGGCGGGGGCGGCCCAGGAGGAGGAGCAGGAGGAGGAGUCGUGGGGCCGAUUGGGGCCGCUACGGGGAUCGGCGCAGUUGCGGUUUCCCAAACCGGCUCGAGCUCGUCGACUGCGAACCCUUUGAUGGGCUCUAUCGAAGCUACUCAACAGCCCCCAGGAUUGCCCUAUUAUCUGGCGUCCUCAGUCGGCACUCCUACCCCUUCGAUCCCGAGUAGUUCUAAUACCACCGGCUUGAAUCUCGGAUCAACCGGUCUAACUACGCCCAUUAACAACAAUAAUCAUCAUCCGGCGGCUACUGGAUCUUCUUCUUCUAAUACUACUACUGCUGCUACUAAUGCUGCUGGUGGGGUUGGGGGUGGGCUGCAUUUGACUACGGGAACUAUCUCCGCCUCCAGUCAUCCGCUCUUGCUUCUUCAGAACUCGGAGAAAAACUUCAGGAAGGCUAAGUAUUUCUUGCACGUCGAAUUGUUCGAAUCGGUCGAAAAAAAUCGCAAACGGAUCGAUUGA